AUGAAAGAGAGAAACCACACAGUACUGACGGAAUUCAUCCUGCUGGGGUUUGGAAGUGGUCCAGGGCUCAAGGUGGGCCCCUUUGUGGUGUUUCUAGCAAUUUACUUGACAACUGUGCUGGGGAACACCAUCAUGGUCUUCCUCAUUAGAGAGAGCUCUCAUCUGCACACCCCCAUGUAUUUCUUCCUCAUGAACCUGUCACUCUUAGACCUCUGCUACUCCUCGACCAUCACCCCCAAAGCCAUGGCGAGCUUCCUAGCAGGCAGCAAAACCAUUUCCUUCAUUGGAUGUGCCACCCAAUUAUUCUUCUUCGGUGUCUUUGACACUGAGACAAUCAUCCUGGCAGCCAUGGCAUAUGAUCGAUACACCGCCAUCUGCAACCCGCUCCUAUAUCCCAUCGCCAUGUCCAAACAGGUUUGCAUUCAGCUUCUUGUGGGUUUCUAUGUUUGCAGCAGUGUAAACUCCAUGGUGCAUGCUGCUUUUACCUUUACACUGUGUUUCUGUGGGUCCAAUGAGAUUGAUCACUUCUUCUGUGACAUUUCACCCCUGCUAAGCCUCUCAUGCACCAACACAGACAUCAAUGAACUGGUGCUGUUCACUUUAUCCAGCUUCAUUCUCAUUAGCACCUCCAUGGUCAUUCUCAUCUCUUAUGCCUACAUCAUCUCUGCCAUUCUCAGGAUUUGCUCUGCUGAGUGCAGACGCAGAGCCUUCUCCACCUGCACAUCCCACAUGAUGUCUGUUAGUUUAUUUUAUGGGACUCUUACAUUCAUGUAUGCUCAGCCCAGUUCACUAUCUACUCCAGCUCAGAACAAAAUGGUGUCUGUGUUUUAUACCCUGGUCAUUCCUAUGUUGAAUCCCCUCAUCUAA